AUUCAUUCCGUCUAAUUUGCCGUUGUCACAAACUUAAUACGAUUAAUAACUAUAUUAAACAUGUUUUUCUAAAAAAAUAAAAAUAAAAAAUAUGAGUUGAAUGAAAAAAAUUAAGCAAACUUUCCAAGUCGUAGAAAUCCAAAAAGAAGGCAACAAGAGAGAUUCUCGACAAAUAUAUAUAUGAUAAUUCAGUGCAGAGGUUUUAGACAAAGUAACGACACUAGUGUUAUUUUAUUAUAUUGACAAUAUAAGCUAUACUAAAAUCUAACUACAUACUUCUCAUUCUUAUCAACUACUACUAUUUUUUCUCCAUUUCUCAUAUUGGAAUAAGAUAAGAAGAUCCGCCAUUGAUGCUCCUCAAGCUUGGCUUGUUACAAGUCCCAAGUAAUUAUAACACUACAUCUAAAAUAAUCUCUGAAUUAUAUAAUAUUAAGAACACAAAACUCUGAUGUUGAAUAUGAUGAAUGAACCUCUUAUUCAACAUCAGCAACCUUCAACUUCUCUUAAUGGCUCUUUCCCUCCAACUCUUAUCACAUACCUAUAUGUUGCCCAUUUCUUGGCCAGAUGGGGUGCCAGGAUGUGGGAAUUUUCAGUUGGGUUGUACAUGAUCAAGCUUUGGCCAGAUUCUUUACUGUUUGCUGCUAUUUAUGGUGUCUUGGAAUCUGCCUCUACUGCAAUUUUUGGCCCCAUUGUUGGAAAUUGGGUUGAUAGUUUGACCUAUGUAAAGGUUCUCCAACUUUGGUUGGUAUCACAAAAUCUCUCUUUCAUAGUUGCUGGAGGCACUAUGAUAGUAUUAUUGGUCAACUCAGCCUUGAAGGUGACACAGUUCAGUGCUUUCAUUCUGUUUGUGAUAUUGACAAAUAUCUCUGGAGCUGUUGGCGUGCUCUCCACUCUUGCUGGUACAAUCCUAAUCGAAAGAGAAUGGGUGGUGGUAAUAUCAGAAGGGCAUUCAUCACCACAACAUCUGACAAAGAUGAACUCGGUCAUUAGGCGAAUCGAUCUCACUUGCAAGCUAUGUGCUCCUGUGGUUACUGGCUUCAUAAUCAGCUUUGUGUCACUAAAAGCUUCAGCACUGAGUUUGGCUCUAUGGAAUACCAUGUCAGUUUGGGUGGAAUAUUGGCUUUUCAUCUCUGUCUACAAAGGCAUUCCAGCUUUGCAGGAAAACAACCAUAGGAGGGCCUCAAAAUCAGUUUCUGAUGAAGAGCAAAAGAGAAAGACCAAAUUGGUUUCCAGUGCUUCUUAUUUUGAAGCAUGGAGAGUUUAUUGGCAGCAGGACACUGUACUCCCUGGAAUAGCUCUGGCUUUGUUAUUCUUCACAGUCCUCAGUUUUGGAACACUAAUGACAGCAGCCUUAGAGUGGGAAGGAAUUGCAGCGUUUGAGAUUGGAAUAGGUCGUGGAGUAAGUGCUCUAAUUGGAAUUGGUGCAACAAUUGUGUACCCAUUCCUGCAAUCUCAUCUUUCAACACUCAGAACAGGCCUUUGGUCUAUUUGGUCUCAGUGGAUCUGCCUUCUACUUUGUGUGGGUUCAAUAUGGGUUGGUAACAAUAUUUCAUCAUCGUAUAUGCUCAUGGGAGGAGUGGCACUCUCACGACUUGGUUUGUGGUCUUUCGACUUAUCUGUCAUCCAACAAAUGCAGGAUCAAGUCCCUGAAUCGGAUCGUUGUGUGGUAGGAGGAGUUCAGAAUUCUCUUCAGUCAAGUAUGGAUUUGAUGGGUUAUGUAAUGGGAAUACUCAUCUCCAAUCCACAGGAUUUCUGGAAAUUGACACUGAUAUCCUUUGUUGUGGUAACAUUGGCUGCAUUACUCUACACUUUUCACCUUUACAGGAUCAGAAAACACCUCUUUCACUGGGAGAAGCUUAUUUUGUUUGUUAAAUUGUUGACAUUUUCAUCUGAAAAUACACAACUUUGUUGAUAUACAUUAUUACUUGUAAUAAUUCUAUGUAUAUCCAAUGACUAUCAUUAAAUCUA